AUGACAAGUUUGAGCUACUACAUACCAACGACAGCUGAGUGGAGUGGUUCCAGGCGAUCUCAGACUCCGGCUCAAUGCACGCAUCCACCGUGUGUGUGUGUGAGUCAAGAAAUAUUUGGCCAGGUCGCUAAAAUCACAGAUCACCUCUACCUAAGCAGUCUUCAGGCUCUUACACCAAGCCGUCUGCAUCAAUUAGGAGUGACGCAGCUGAUCUCCGUCAUGGCUGAUCCAAUUCCCGACGAAAUUGCAGCCCAAGUCGAAAGACACACACAAAUUCCCGUGGAUGAUAUCGACUAUUCCAACCUGCGGAGGCAUUUUGAUGAGGCAGCGGAUCGGAUUGCCCGUGAAGCGCGCCGUGGAGGCAAAACGGUGGUGCACUGCAUGGCUGGAAUUUCGCGUUCGGCGACAAUUGUACUGGCUUACUUAGUCAAGUACCAGGACAUGAGCCUCUCUGAGGCUUAUGAAUAUGUCCUCUCGAUCAGGCCAUGCAUUCACCCGAAUAUUGGCUUUUGGCGGCAACUCAUAGCCUAUGAAGAAGCGCGUCGUGGCUACAGAUCUAUGCGAGUCACGAGCACUGGCGUUACUCACUUACCUCGCACUUCUGCAUCUUUAGACGACAUAGACUGGAUCUAUCCCAACACCAAACAUCGGUCUCGAGGUCGGAAGUAUUGGAGCAACAAAGAGGAAAGUUUUUAA